GUCAUUGUCCCUCACAGCAGGGCAGCUCUACACACACACACGUUCAUCGCUGCUGCUCUUUUACCUCCAGCGUCUGAAACGGCUUUUUCCACCUCUUAAUUACAGGUUAAUCAUUAAGGUAGUUCAACAUUAGUGGGAUUAUGGAGCAUUCUUCCACAGAAGCCUUCCUCUCUGGCACUAGUUACCCCACUCCAUGCUGCAGCCACUCUUAGAAGGUUUGCUGUUGGUAGCCUUUUGGCUUGAAAGGAAAGGAGAGCUCCCAAACCACAUCAGCUGUUGUCGCCAAACAUAUGGUGCAUUUUUGCCAUUCCUAGGCCUACAUCCUCGAAGGCUCAGCCCACUGCCCUGCCGUGCAAACAGGAUUUGCAAUAAGACAGGAUAUUAAUACAUUAAGCCUUGUCAUUUCUUUAAUUUGGGUCACAAAAGAACGCUAAAGGUCUCUCUCAGUUUUCCUCUCCCACUGCCGUUGAGGUGGUGGUUGAGCAGCCGAGGCUAUGGAGCCCAAUAUGGAGUACUGUCUGGCACAAGUGCUACAGAAGGAUGUGGGCCGGAGACUUCAGGUUGGUCAGGAGCUCAUCGACUACAUCACUGAUACGGAAAAGUCUCAUGACCUGGAGCAGGACCAAACUGCAUUGGACAAGAUGGUGGAUGGCCUUGCUUCCUCCUGGGUCAACUCCAGCAAUUUCAAGUUGGCGUUACUGGGAAUUGACAUUUUGUCUGCCUUCGUGACGAGAUUACAAGACCGUUUUCGGACCCAGAUUGGAACAGUUUUACCCAGCUUGAUAGAUCGAUUAGGUGAUGCCAAAGAUCAAGUCAGAGACCAGGACCAGACAUUGCUGCUGAAGAUCAUGGACCAGGCUGCUAACCCUCAGUAUGUGUGGGACAGAAUGCUGGGGGGAUUCAAACACAAAAACAACAGGACCAGAGAAGGAGUCUGUCUUUGUCUUAUUGCAACACUGAAUGUGUAUGGUGCCCAGGGAUUAACUCUAAACAAAAUUGUACCACAUAUAUGUAACCUGUUGGGAGACCCCACAAGUCAGGUGAGGGACAGUGCCAUGAGCUGCCUUGUGGAAAUAUAUAGACACGUAGGAGAAAGGGUUAGAGUUGACCUCAGCAAGAAAGGAUUGCCACAAUCACGGUUGAAUGUAAUUUUUGCCAGAUUUGACGAGGUCCAAAGAUCUGGGAACAUGAUCCUCUCUUCUGGGUCAGAUAAGAACUUUGAUGAUGAGGACUCUGUGGAUGGAGGCAGGUCCUCCUCUUCUACUUCGUCUAAAGGUUUCUCCAGCAGCAGACGAGGAGGAAGCAUGGGCUCAAUGAGACGACCCAGUUCUGCUUCAGCACCCAGAGCUGCAGGGAAAGAAGGAGCCAGUGCAGGAGCUGUCGAUGAAGAAGAUUUUAUUAAGGCAUUUGAAGAUGUCCCUACUGUGCAGAUCUAUUCCAGUAGAGAACUGGAAGACUCCUUGACUAAAAUACGUGAGGUCUUGUCAGAUGAUAAACAUGACUGGGAGCACAGAGUGACUGCUCUGAAGAAAGUACGCUCACUGCUCCUAGCUGGAGCUGCGGAACAUGAGGGUUUUUUUCAACAGCUCCGCCUUUUUGAAGGUGCCUUCAAACUCUCUGUGAAGGACUUGCGCUCUCAGGUGGUUCGGGAGGCCUGCAUCACUCUUGGACACAUCUCCUCAUUGUUCGGGAACAAAUUUGACCACGGAGCAGAAGCCAUCAUGCCCACGCUGCUCAAUCUUGUGCCUAACAGCACCAAAGUCAUGGCCACAUCAGGUGUGGUUGCUAUUCGGCUUAUUUUACGGCAUACACACUAUCCUCGUUUAAUUCCAAUCAUCACCAGUAACUGUACAUCUAAAUCAGUGGCUGUUCGAAGACGGUGUUAUGAAUUUCUAGACCUGAUGUUGCAGGAAUGGCAGACCCAUACACUAGAGAGGAAUGUCGCAGUUCUCACUGAGACCAUCAAGAAAGGAAUACAUGACGCUGAUUCAGAAGCCAGAUCUAUAGCCAGAAAAUGUUACUGGGGAUUUCACGGUCACUUCAACCGAGAGGCGGAGCACCUAUUUCAGUCUCUGGAAUCGACCUAUCAAAAGGCUAUCCAGUCUUAUCUGAAGAGUUCUGACAGCAUAGUGUCACUGCCUCAGUCUGACCGUUCCUCCUCCAGCUCUCAGGAGAGCCUCAAUCGGCCGUUAUCUGUGAGAAGUGUGAUUGGUGGAAGCAUGACCAGAAGUAAAGUGGUGAGCUCCAGAGCACCGUCCACCCCUAGCUCACUCCAGCGUUCACGAAGUGAUAUCGAUGUGAAUGCUGCUGCCAGUGCCAAGUCCCGGAUGCCUGCCGUGCCCUCUGGUCCCUCUCCUUCCCCUUUCAGCUCAGCUGCAGCCCUUCCCCCAGGAUCCUAUGCUUCUCUGGGCCGUGUGCGCACCAGAAGGCAGAGCUCUGGAAGUGCUGUUGGUGCAAACUCUACAGUAACGGACAGCCGAGGUCGAAGCAGAGCUAAAGUGGUGUCUCAGUCUCAGCCUGGCAGUCGGUCAAGUUCCCCAGGAAAGCUGCUGGGUCACACAUAUGGCCGAGUCCCGCGUACCACAGCCGUGGCUUCUACACCUUCAGAUAAACGAGCAAGGGUCCCGAGAAGUCAGGGCUGCAGCCGAGAGACAAGCCCGAGCAGACUGGGCAUCGCUGAGCUGUGUCGUAAAGCUCUUCUUCCUGCUGCUUCUCGUUACCGCACGCUAGCCCGGAGCAGCCGCAUCCCACGUCCCAGCAUGAGUCAGGGCUGCAGCCGUGACACGAGUCGCGAGAGCAGCCGUGAUACCAGCCCUGCUCGGGGUUUCACUCCUUUGGCUUCCCGACGCCACUCUCGCUCCACCAGUGCGCUGUCCACGGCCGAGUCCGUGGCCCAGUCAGAUCGAUUUGGUCUAAUCCACCAAGCCCGUAUUUCUGCGUCUGUCAAUGCUAUGAGAGUUCUGAACACCGGGACAGAGGUUGAGGCAGCUGUGGCUGAUGCUUUGCUGUUAGGAGACUCCAGGAAUAAGUGUAAACCUAUGAGAAGGCGGUACGAGUCUCCAGGGAUGUACUCGGAUGACGAUGCUAACAGCGACGCAUCAAGUGCCUGCUCUGAGCGCUCGUACGGAUCCCGCAAUGGAGGAAUUCCACACUUUUUACGACAGACUGAGGAUGUUGCUGAGGUGCUUAACCACUGUGCCAGCUCCAACUGGUCUGAGAGGAAGGAAGGACUCAUAGGCCUGCAAAACUUACUUAAGAGCCAGCGUGUUCUUAGCCGAGUGGAGAUGAAAAGAUUAUGUGAGAUCUUCACAAGAAUGUUUGCAGAUCCCCAUAGCAAGAGAGUUUUUAGCAUGUUCCUGGAGACUCUGGUAGACUUUGUAACUGUUCAUAGAGAGGACCUUCAGGAUUGGCUUUUUGUCCUGCUCACUCAGCUGCUAAAGAAGAUGGGAGCUGAUCUCCUGGGUUCAGUUCAGGCCAAAGUCCAAAAGGCCCUGGACGUCACUCGUGAAUCUUUCCCGUUCGACCAACAAUUCAACAUCCUUAUGAGGUUUAUUGUUGAUCAAACACAAACUCCUAACUUGAAGGUUAAGGUGGCCAUCCUGAAGUACAUUGAGUCUCUGGCAAGGCAAAUGGACCCUGCAGACUUUGUGAAUUCCAGUGAAACAAGAUUAGCUGUGUCCCGUAUCAUAACCUGGACCACUGAGCCCAAAAGCUCUGAUGUCAGGAAGGCUGCCCAGGUGGUACUGAUCUCUCUCUUUGAGCUGAACACACCUGAAUUCACGAUGCUUCUUGGAGCUCUACCAAAAACAUUCCAGGAUGGAGCAACCAAGCUCCUCCAUACCCACCUAAAAAACUCCUCCAGCACCAGUGGUGUGAGUUCUCCCAGCAACACGAUUGGCCGUACACCACCCAGGCAUCCAUCUAGCAGAACGAGCCCCCUCACCUCUCCCACUAACUCCUCUCACACAGGCCUUUCACCAAGUCGGUUGUGGGGUUGGAGUGUCGAUGGGUUCUCAAAGCACCCAGCACCUCCUCCAUCUCAGCCCCCAGUCCCUGCCCCCUCCCUCAGGGCCCUCCGCUGCGCUUUCUCCCCCAGUAUGCUGGAAUAUGACACAGAGAAUAUGAACUCUGACGAAAUCUACAGUUCACUGCGUGGCGUUACAGAGGCCAUCCAGAGCUUUAGAUAUCGCAGUGAGGAAGACCUAAACGAGCCAAUCAGACGUGAAAUCAAGAAGGAUGACGGGGUUGGCCAGGAGACUGCAUCACCUGGGUCAGAUUCUCGGUUAGGUUUAGAUAUAGUUGAGGGAGGACGUACUGCCUUGGAUAACAAGACAUCUCUACUCAACACCCCCUCUCCUCGCUCUUUUGCUGGGCCGAGGGCACGAGAAUUUGCACCAUAUGUAUAUGGGGACACCAUUGGUGGUUAUGAUAAGAGUGCUUUGAAAGAGGCUGUCUUUGAUGAUGACGUGGAGCAAUUUCGUGAUUGCCGUCGGCAGGAGUGCAGUGAGAACAAGAUGGUGCUCUCCAAGGGCUUUGCUCCUGACCUGGUGGCAGACCUGCUAAAAGAGCUGUCCAAUCAUAAUGAGCGAGUAGAAGAGAGAAAAGGGGCACUGGUGGAACUGCUAAAGAUCACCCGAGAAGACAGCCUAGCUGUGUGGGACGAGCAUUUCAAAACGAUCCUGCUGCUGCUCCUGGAGACACUUGGAGACAAAGAUCACACUAUUCGAGCUAUGGCUCUCCGUGUUCUAAAAGAAAUCCUAAGGAUUCAGCCAGCCCGCUUCAAGAACUAUGCUGAACUCACCAUCAUGAAAACAUUAGAGGCUCACAAGGAUUCUCACAAGGAGGUGGUAAGAGCUGCUGAAGAGUCUGCAUCCACACUGGCUGGCUCCAUCCACCCUGAGCAGUGCAUCAAGGUGCUGUGUCCCAUUGUGCAGACUGCAGACUACCCCAUCAAUCUGGCAGCUAUUAAAAUGCAGACAAAAGUUGUUGAGCGCAUUGCCAAGGAUUCUCUUCACCAGCUGCUUCCAGACAUUAUUCCUGGCCUCUUACAAGGCUAUGACAACACAGAAAGCAGCGUUCGCAAGGCCAGCGUCUUUUGCCUGGUGGCCAUCUACUCGGUCAUCGGUGAGGAGCUCAAGCCCCAUCUGGCGCAACUCACGGGCAGUAAGAUGAAGUUGCUAAACCUUUAUAUCAAGAGAGCUCAAACAACCAACAGUAACAGCAGCAGUUCGUCUGAUGUGUCCUCUCACAGCUAAUGCAGAAGGCGUGCUCAUCAGUGCCCUGUACUCAAGUGGGAUCUUAGCUGUGCCUCCGUCAGACCUUUUGGUUUUUCUUUAUUGUUUUUAUUCAGUAUUUCAAACACAUUUCCAUCAGUAUUCCUUUUAAUUUCCUGUUUCCUGAUUCAUUUCCUGAAUGUAAAAAUAGUUAGAAAGUUUCUUUAGGGAUCACAUUUUUAUAUUUCUGUUUUGACUGGCACCAGUUACUUUUGUUUAAAGAAAUUACUUGAUAUUUAACAUUAAUAAUGUAAUAAUGUGGUCAUUUUUCAAAUCUAUAGUGUUUGAGAUUUUGACAUUGUUUUAAACGGGGAACAGUUGUGUAGGUUAAAUAGGUCACUUGAAUCUGAGUAAGUGGCAGAGGAUCAUUUGGCUGGCCGAGUGAUUUUAAAUGUGAUGAUAAGAAAACAGUCAUUUGUAGAAAAAAUGACCACCAAAAAUGUAGGACUAAGUGUAUAAAUUGAUUUUAAUUUGUAUUUAAAUAGUUACCAGCCACCAGAUCUGCACACCCUGUAACAGAGAAAACAUCUAAAAUGUGUCCUUUAUGGUUGUAAUUGAAGGCUAUUUUAAACUCUAAGGAUUUGUAUUAUGAGUUGCUUUACUUUAUACAAUUUUUUUUUUAAUUUUUUUUUUUUUUUAUAAAUAUUAUGAACAGUAUGUUUUGCCCUGCCACGGCACAAUGGCACAAAUCAACCUGGAUAAGGACAAACUACUGAGUGUAAAUUCCAUCAAUAUUUGUGAAAUCUGUACCAAUUUUUUUUUUUUUUUACUUCUUUUCACAGUUAAGAUGCUAAAUUAUUUUAUUGCAUUGAAAAUGACAUAAAACGGAUAGUCUGUCCAGUGUCAGUCAGUAACCUGCACGGACUGCAGUUCUCUUUGCAGCAUUAGUAAAGAUGAUUGCAAAAUUCUAGAUGGACUACAUGAACAUUCAAGAUGAAGCCCAAUUUUCAAGAAAAUGACAAUCUAAAUGAAAGUAAAAAAUGUAAACAGUGAAUCAUUUGGAAGUGCUUAAAAUAAUUAUUUGUUGUCAUAAAUGAACAUCAACAAGUGCUUUACUUUAUUGCAUUGAAACAAAUGUGUAUAUAUCUGGAGCAUCUUGAGUCAAAAACAUUGAAUUAAAUGGUUAAAGACUCCUUAAGAACAAUCUCACCCAGACCCAGGUUUCUAGUGAUCCUGCUGCUUAAUGAAGACUUUGCUCAAAUAAGUACAUGCUAAAUGGCAGUGACUUCUGCUUUGAAGGACAGCUAAAUGAUGGCAGAAACCUCAGACACUACCAUGCUUAUUGUUUAGUUUUCUUAUAUUAUGUUUUGGCCACUCAGACUGUUGGUUUUAAGUGUGCACACUGUUUUAAAUGUGAAAAGUGCUGUGUAAAAUCCCUCAAAAAUUAAUAAGAUACAUUCUCUAAUGGCUCAACAUUUUGCCAAUUUCUUCUGCAGCUUUUGCUAUCAGAUGCUUUUUGUACAUACAUUGUUAUAUUAAAAAAAAGAGAAAAAAAAAAAAAAGUAAAACAAUGGGGGUUUGCACUCUUUUGCACGUUAGCAACUGCAUGUUUUGGAACACCCAUCUUGCACUUCAGUAAUUGGCCUUGUUACAGUUUUUGAGCCCUUGCCUCUUCAGUCCUGUGGUCAGUCUGUAAAUACAGUAUUAAUGCUUUCCCCAAGCAAAGAGGCAUCCAAGUAUAAAACUUAAACAAGGCUUAAUGAGGUGACCAAAAUAUCAUGUGUCUGUUUCUAAACAAGUUCAUUGUAAACUUUGGGCGAAAACAUCUUACUUUUCAUAUCAUUCUACAUUCUAUCUAUUGGGACUUGUGGCUUUCAUGAAGGCACACUGUGUGUGUCUGCCUUAGUAAUAUACAGUUUUUAUUGGCAGGCAGCCACAAGCUUAUGAUGGCCUGACAAUGGAAGUCUUUUUCAUAUUGUUUGAAUUAGGUCCAAUUUAAAACCGAGCCAACUUUGAGGGGAAAAUGCAAAUAUUAGUUAAUGAGUGGAUCUCAAUAAUCUGUGCAAAUGUAGGGCCGCAAAAGGUUUAUCAGCAUAUUUUCUUCACAUUUUAACUUUGUUUUUUGUUGUGUAACCCUCAUAUUCAUAUUUAUACAUUUAAAUUUCUUUUAUCAUGAUGACUGUACAGUUUGUUUUCUUUUCUAAGGGCCCUGUGUAAUAGAUUUGCAACCUGAACAUGUUUGCCCAAAAAUAAACCUGAAAAACUGAA